GUGUCUCCCAGAAAGCGCUCCGCCGGUCCGUCGCCGUUCUGUCCGGCGCGCGCCGGGGCCGGGUGGAGCUGAGGACGUGUGGAGCCGCGCGGGCUAGCGGACUGUGCAGUGCACCUAUGUUAUGUGUUUUAGAAAUAGAUCUUAAACUGUGACUUGCAAGAAGAAUGUCUGUCAGUCCAUCUGUAUUUCUUAAAGAAAGUGAAGAAAACAGUGCAAAAUGUGUGGAAACAAAGCAGUCACAGACUACCCUCAUCACUUCAGAAGAUCCCCUUCAAAACUUGUGCUUAGCAUCUCAAGAAAUUCUUCAAAAAGCUCAACGAAGUGGGAGGUCAAGAUGUGUCAAGUGUGGUGGCUCAAGGAUGUUUUACUGUUACACGUGUUACGUCCCCGUUGAAAAUGUACCAGGCGGACAGAUUCCUCUUGUGAAGCUGCCUCUGAAGAUUGACAUCAUUAAACAUCCAAACGAAACAGAUGGCAAAAGCACGGCUAUCCAUGCGAAACUCUUAGCACCUGAGUUUGUAAACAUUUAUACGUACCCUUGCAUUCCAGAAUAUGAAGAAAAGGACCAUGAAGUCGCGCUUAUUUUUCCUGGCCCUCAGUCUGUCUCAAUAAAAGAUAUUUCUUUUCAUCUGCAAAAAAGGAUUCAAAAUAAAGGCAAAACUGAUGACCUUGAGAGACCGUCUUUUAAACGCAAGAAAACUGAAGAGCAGGAGCGCUGUGAUUUGAAUGACAGCAAAUGCAAGGGUGCAACACUGAAAAGAGUAAUCUUUAUAGACAGCACCUGGAACCAGACCAACAAGAUAGUCAGUGACGAGCGGCUUCAGGGAGGAAAUGAGAAAUUAAGAUAUGGUCACUUCAUCUCUGCUUGGAUUGUCAUUGCUUCAGUGGAUGGAGCCAAGAAAAAUGAACAGAUGUAUCAAUUCAGUGGAUCCUCCUUUUCAGAUUUAGUAUUGCAGGAAUCUUCUUUCAUUUUAAAUUUAUACUCUGUCUCUUAGAGGGAACUGCUUAGUUCCUAGGAGCAGUGGUUUAAUGUUGUUACUCUCCUGUUCAACACACAUAGUAAUUUGAAGAGCAAGAGCCCCGACUGCCUCUGUUCCCUGUGCCUUCCAGUUCUGGAGACUUCCUUAGAAGUGCGUCUAAAGCUUCAGUUGUCUUUUCCCCCUGAGCUGUUCAAUAGCUUUGUUUGGUAUGAUCAGAAGGCAAGAGAGUGCCACAUGGUUGAUAUUAAGCAGCUGCCAAGAGUCCCAUCUCUCUUAGGCUAUUGUUAGAAACUAGCAUCAUCUAGAAAAGACGGUUCGUGCCUUUCUGGUGUCUGAUUUGUGUUACUUGGUCCUGAGCUAAACUGUGUGACAGCACCGCACUUCAGUAGCUUAAGUCAUGGAGUUUGGACCUCUGAGAUGUCCUAUGUGUUAGCAGGGUUGCUUGGCAACCCAGUUGUGUGUGUGUGUGUGUGUGUGUGUGUGUGUGUGACAGAGAGAGAGAGAGAGAGAGAGAGAGAGAGAGAGAGAGAGAGAAACAGAGAGAGAGAGAGAGAGAGAGAGAGAGAGAGAGAGAGGUGGGAGAAGGUGCACUGCACAGGGCAGACCUUUAAGGCUUUGUUGCUGUUGACGGUUUUACAGAGAGACGCAUCCCUGAGGUCCCGUUCUUUGACAGAGGGGAAGGGAGCCCUGCCUAACACAUUCUCUUGAAUGUUUAUAGCAGUUACUGCCCAAUUUGGAGAUUUUUAUGGGCCACUUUUCUUCUUUACUACCUUAUAUGGUAAUUGCAAAGAUUAAAUGAAAGUGAAAAAUCCUUGAAAAAACUAAAAAAGGAAUUAUUUUGGCGCUCGUGAAAGUCUGUUUGCCUGCAGCAGAUUUGUACAGACUUCUGUCCCUCUUUCCAACUUCACAUAGGAAUUGUGCAUUUCAGCUCUGCACCAGGUCACAGUUUCUAAGAGAGGUUCCUGAGUCCCUCCUGGACCCAGCACUAGCUCUAGUGACAGCCUCUCUGCAUGACCCCGCCUCUCCGGCUCCUCAUUACCCAAGAAGUAAUAGAGAGUUUGUGUGUGUGUGUGUAACUGCUGUGUACACGAAUUAGAAACUUCUGGAUAUAAACUGAGUUACACCAGAAAACAACCCAUGUUUAUUGCAAAUCAUUUGCUUUAGGCUUUAAAACAUUUAUCAUUUGAGAAGGGUAAGCUGAAAAACUAACUCUGAACCUCAUUUUAAACUAUCAAGUGCACUGCAUUAGAAAUUGUGUAUCUGAGGUUCUAUUACAGUGCUGAGGUUCACAGUCCCUUUAACAAUGUAAAUCUGUACUAUUUUGAUAAAACCAUACAGAGAAAAUAGCUUGAAGUUUUUUACUAGUGUCAAAAUACAACCCCAGAAGCAGAGUGUCGGUGUAGUCAUCGAAGGUCAGCCUAAAGCCGCAAAUGUAGAGGAAGGUUUGGGGAGAUGCUAAGAGCCAGUGGCUUCCUUCUGUGGGAUGGUUCCAAAUGAUUAAAAAUGACCGUAUUCUGCAAAUUUGCUAUGAAAUUCUUUUCCCUUUAUCUUGACUAUGUUGAUGCACCCUCAAAAGUGGUACUUGGGCUUCAACCAAAGUUUCUCUAAGUUCUGUGCCUCAGAGGCAGGUAUGCUGACUUCCACUGCAUCUUGCUAAACCUACCCACGUGGAAAGACAUCCAAUCCACCCACGUUGCAGAACACCCUCGCUUAGCUGCACUGCGCUUGUCUCCCUACCGCUGCCUGACCCAGGGUGCAGUGUGUGUGGCUCUGCCCGCCACCAGCCCCUGGGUAGAGGGGGCUCUGAAGGACCUUCCUGCACUGUCAGGAUAUCUGACUGUUCAGUCUUCCUAAUAAUCACAUGCGCGUGCACUUAGAAUUUCCUUAUUUUUCAAUUAAAGAAAUCCAGGCAGCAAUACUGGAGAAAAAAGCUACUUGUAAGUCUGUACUUUAAAAGAUACUGAUUACUAGGUAUGCCAGCAAGAGAAUUUUUACACAUAUUUGUUGAACUGGUGAAAAUAAUAAUUUUCUAUAUAUCCAGUGUCUGUAUUUCAGUAUUUUUAAUGGUUCUUAUAUAUUUCCAAGCAAAUUAAACACAUUUUAAAAACACUUGAUUAGUAUUAAUAGUCACUAAAUCAUCUCUUUCCUUUUCCCUGAGAUACUAGGAAUAGAGCUGAGGGUUUCACACUGAGACACAUCCCACACCUUUGUUUUUGCUUUUUAAUUUUGGGACAGGGGCUCCCCAAGCCAUCAGGUUACCCAGGCUGGGCUCAAACCGUAAUCCUCCUGCCUCAGCCUCCUAAAGUACUGGGGUUGUGUUGUACCACCAUGCCUGGUUUAAAUUCUUCAUUUUAUACUUAUCAUUUUAAAAGAACAUAGUAACAUUCAAGAAGCCAAAACAUUAUAAUAGCUAUGUUUUCAUUUGGAUUUUAUGUCAAAAUUCUAUAUUAAGAUUUUAAUUGUAUCAGAUACAAAUUUUUUAAAAAAUCUUUAGCAAAAAGGGUAUAGCAGCAGCUAAUCAUUCCCCCUGUUGAGAAACAGAAUCCAAUUAGGACCAAUAGAUCACCAAAAGAGAGUUUUACUCUGUGUAUAUUGUUUUUAUUUUUUGUAUGACACAUGGAAUUAAAAAGUAAAUUAAAAGAAAAUUGGAGAAAAAAGUUUUAAUUUAAGCCAGAAAAGUAAAUAAUGUAGCCCAAUAACCCUUUUUUCAUUGAAACACAAGUUCUGUGUCAAAGAGUAUAUUUCAACAUCUCUGUGUAUUUAGAGGCUGUAAAUAAAAUUAAAUUGACUAAAUCAUAAAGAGAAAUCAAAGCUUUUAAUUGAACUAAUUACUAAGAACAUUUUUAAGUGUUUUAAAGUUUUACCUUUAGUUGAAAUUAACAAGUAUAUAAAAGGACAUGAUUUUGGUUUUGGUGAUUGUAAUAAUUGUUGGUCUUUGACUUAAGAUUGUAAAAAUUGAAAUGUUUUCAUAAUACCUACGUAAACUAUUUUAAAGGCAGAAGGGCCUUUGAGAUUUGUCCAUUCAUCCUGUUAUAAAUUUCUUUCAUGUGGAUAAUGAUUUUAAAGCAGAACGAAACAAAACACCUUUGUGUAGUUAGUGGUCAAACUGGGCUUGGAAGUACUAGUCCAGUUCUUUUCAUGAGACCUAAAUACAACCUAAUCAUGCAAAAACCAGGUUCAAAAUUCUUCUAAUGAUGCCAAGUGUCUAUGAAUAACUCCAGAGCAAAUUACCAGGCAUGACAUUCAAAGGCUACCAGACUUUCAGUGUCCCAGUAGCUUCUCCCGCUCUCUUUUGUGUAAUUCUAGGUAUUUAGCUAUGUUAGUCUUGCAUGCAGGAUGAUUUUUCAUGCCCUUGUGAAUAGGAUAUUCCCUUGCCUGUAGUGCCCCUUCCUUGCCUCUUUAAACGGAGAUAGCAAUCCUCUGAAAACUUCAGAGACUCCAGGAAUCUCUUCAGUGCUGCCGCUCUACCCCGAACUCACGAAUUUUCUUACCUGUCUGUGUUUCCCUUAACAGAUGAGGUGGCAGGAAAUGCACACAACACUUCGUAAUAUCCACUUCUCUUCUUCUCUCAUUGACAAAUGCCAUUCUGCUCAGUGUGGCAUAUGCCAGCCAGAAACAAUUGCCCACACUUCCUUACUGCCAGGAUGACUGAAUCAUCACAGAAGCAAACUAACUUCUGGGGCCAAACCUACAGGAAACUCACUAUUUCCCAUUUGUCUGUCUGUGAUCAUUUCUCAUCUUGCCUGGAGCUCACAGUGAUGGUAGACGAGGACGUGGGAGUCUCGAGUUCUUCAUAGCUCUGCAAAGCCCUUGUCGGGGCCCAGGAGCCUCCACUGUGACUUUUAUGUGUGUCAAGUGGAGCUGCUACUUGUUCCAGAGGUCCUGACCAGGUCUGUCCCGGACAGCAGAGUGCUGAUCGCGCCCCCCCCCCCCAAUCAGGCAGAGGGCAGAGAGCAUGCUUCACGCCUCUUAGAUUUCUCCAAGAUGACUUCCGAGGAGAAAGCUAUAGUGUCGGACUUGUCAGUCUUUAUGGUUAGCCGUUUUUAUAGCUUGUUUAAAUCUCUGCCAAGCUAAAGAGACCAUGUUUCUCAUCCCUGUUUAAGAUUUUUUCUUGUUUUGCACUUGUGUAUAAAUAAUGCCAGCUAUAUUUCUGGCUUUCCACUUUCUAUGCCUCUAAUUUUAUUCUUGCUACUUUACUAACUGGGAACUCCAGUGUGACACUGAAUGGAAAUUCUAUGGAAAUCAUCCUUUCUGUGUUUUAAUUCGAUGUUUUUCAAAUGGCCAUUCUAUUUAUAUUUGCUUGAGUAUUGAUAUACUUGGAUUUAUUUUUACCAUUUUAAUUUUUAUUUCUAUUUCUCCUGUUUUUCUUUUCCUGUUUUUUCUUUGAUUGAAUGGAGGUUCUCUUAUUUCUUAAUUUUCUGGCUAGAUUGUUUUAGAGAAUAGUGCAUAUGUUACUAAAAAAUUUCAAAACCAUACAUAUUUUCACCUGUCCUUUUGAACACUGUGAGACCUUCGUACACUUAGUUUUUUCAACUUCUGGUCCACAGGGUUAUUGGUCCUAGUCAUUAAUUUUGUUCUAUUCUUUAUUAUCAGCCCAGAAUUUAGAUAUUAUUUUUAAUUUUUAACUUUUUUAUGAAAAAACAAAACAAAAUUUCAUAACACAAUAAUAAGAGAAUAACUAGUUAACACACUGUGUUAGAUAUUAUUGUUUUUGUUUUAUAUAGGUAAUAUUUUUGGGUUUGCAGAGCUGCUUACUAUUUUCCUUGUUCAACAUUCUUUUAUUUCACAGUCUUUGCUGAAUUAUGUCCUGUAGGAAUUCCUUUUGUUGGGUUUCUUGUUGGCACAUAGCCAGUUUUUGUAGGUCUCUUGAUAUCUUUACUCUUUUCCUCGAUAAGUUAUGUCUGCUGUGUACACAAUUUUAGAUUGCUAGUUAUUUUUUGACACUUGGAAGAUUUUCCAGGCUCUUCAGCAUUUACUGUUGCUGAUAAAAAGUCUUCUGUCAUUUUACUUGUUCUUUGUAUAUGAUCCGUCCCUUUUCAGUGGCUACUCUUAAAGUCUCUUCUUUAUCCUUGAUGCUUUGCAGUUACACUACAAUGGGUAAGGCUCUUACUUCUUUAUAUCCAUUCUACCUCAGAUAUAUUGUGUCUCAUGUAUCUAAGGGUCUGUAUUUUUACAAACAAUUCCUGGGUAAGUCAUAGAUGUUGCCCCUUUGAAUGCUUUCUUUGCACCAUUCUCUGUUCUUCCCUCAGAUUCCUAUUAAACAUUGGAUCUUUCAUAUCUCUUAAUAUCUUAACAUUUCUUGUUUGUUCCUUGUCACUUUCUGCUGCAUUUGUGAAGUAGCUUUCAGUACAAGUGAGACAUGGUGGUAGAACAUCGUUGAUGACUCAGAGCUCCAGAUUGGCCAGGGGGCCACCUUUGAUGCUGUCCUUGGCUUUUCUUGCUUUAAAAUUUUCUAAAGUAAAUGGCAAAGAAGAAUGGUGAGAGUCACAGAGUCCUGCGCCAAGGAGUGGAAAGCCUCUGGGCUUGUGUGCAGAUGUCUGAGCCGUAAAAGAUACCAGCACUGCUUCGUUAGUUCUUUGCUCUUCAGUGUACUCGAGCGAGGCCUUCUAGCUGAGCGUGUAACUGAGGCUGUGUGGUGUCAGGGGCAGAGCUGAGGCCACGUCGCCAGCACUUUGCUCAUGAGGACUCAGCCUGAAGGCGGCGGUGUACAAGUAUGUUCUUACUAACAGUAAGGACCCGUGGGUUGCCAGUCUCUCUCAGUGUGACAUUUCAGCUGCAAAUCCAUUGUCAGGACAUGGAAACCCUUUUAAAAACUGGUGAAUUUAGUCUUGUCACAAAUUACAAUUUUAAAAGACCCUGGUAGAUAGGAAAUAUAAAGAAGGGAAUAUUUAAAAUGUUAACUACUUUUAGUCCUUUUCCACGAGGGCUGAGAUGUAGCGGUAACUGUCACAGAUACGAUUUCAUUCUGUGCCGUGCGUUGCUUUUGUAUAUACCUUAAUGCAUUUAAAAUAAUAUCCCAUUUGGAUUUAGGAUUGGGCGGAUGUAUUCGUACUUCUUUUGAAAAAACUAUUGCUGAAAUAAUGAAAGCAAAUCAAUAUUAUUCUACAUACUCUGUGGCUAAGAAGUUUUUAUGUUUUUCCUUUCUUUCUUUCUUUGGCAGGAUUGUUACAAGUUGAGCUGAAAACAAGAAAAACUUGCUUCUGGCGCCAUCAGAAGGGAAAGCCGGAGACUUUCCUCUCCACAA